AAAGAUGGCAUACUUCAACAUGAUGUCCCUAUGUACGUCAGGUAUCAGCGACUCAUCGGAAUACUUUUGACUCUCUUGCCAUGAUGAGUGGCUCCAAGCCAGAUAUUCUAUGGUCUCCACAUCAUGUGGACCGAUACGUGAUCUGUGACUCUGAGCUGAGUUUAUACCGAAUUGGGGCAGUAGGGAGUUCAGAAACUAAGGCUGGAACUCUCCCAUUGUCUGAGGAGACUGCAGCCACAUUGCUUGCUAUCAAUUCAGACACCCCUUACAUGAAGUGUGUGGCCUGGUACCCAAAACAUGAACCAGAGUGUCUUUUGGCAGUGGGACAGGCAAAUGGGAGAGUGGUCCUUACCAGCCUUGGACAGAGCCAUAACUCAAAAUGCAAAGAGCUAGUGGGUAAGGAGUUUGUGCCUAAACAUGCGCGACAAUGCAACACUUUAGCAUGGAACCCGGUGGACAGUAAUUGGCUAGCGGCUGGUUUGGACAAACAUCGGGCUGACUUUUCAGUCUUGAUAUGGGACAUCAAUAGUAAAUUUUCCCCCGAGGCCUCAGUCCCUGCUGAGAAGAUUCGUCUCUCAUCUGGAGACACGGACUCAGGCCUUGUUGUGACCAAACCGCUAUACGAGCUGGGUCAGAAUGAUGCUUGUUUGUCCCUCUGCUGGCUCCCGCGUGACCAUCAAAAGCUGCUACUGGCUGGUAUGCACCGCAACCUGGCCAUCUUCGACCUAAGGAACACCAGCCAGAAAACCUUUGUCAAUACGAAAGCUAUCCAAGGUGUUACCGUGGACCCGCACUUCCAGGACCGCGUGGCGUCAUUCUUUGAGGGUCAGGUCGCCAUAUGGGAUCUGCGUAAAUUUGAGAAGCCCGUGUUCACCUUGACGGAGCAGCCUAAACCACUGACCAAAGUGGCAUGGUGCCCCACUCGCAUGGGUCUGCUGGCCACACUGACUCGCGACAGCAACAUAAUCCGACUGUAUGACAUGCAACACACUCCCACCCCCAUCGGGGACGAGACGGAACCCACCAUCAUCGAACGCAGCGUUCAGCCCUGCAGCGAGAGCAUUAUCAGCAGUUUCGCCUGGCACCCGUCCGCUCAAAACCGAAUGGUGGUGGUGUCGCCCAACAGGGUGAUGACUGAUUUCACUGUGUUUGAACGCAUUUCGCUGGCCUGGAGUUCCACCACCUCCCUGAUGUGGGCGUGUGGCCGCCAUCUGUAUGAGUGCUCAGAGGAGGCCAACGCUGCAGACAGGGAUAUUGCCACCAAAAUGAGGCAGCGUGCCCAGUCACGGUACGGGCACGAUACUGUGCAGGUUUGGAGAAACCACGUCUUGGCUGGAGGAGACGACCCUCAGCUGAAGUCCCUCUGGUACACCCUGCAUUUCAUGAAGCAAUAUACCGAAGACACAGAGCAGAGACAACAGGGCAACAAACAGUCUCUGAUCUAUUCAGGCAUCAAGAACAUUGUCAAGUCCAGCUCUGGGACGACAGAAAUCCGUCGGUGUUGGACGGGCUCUGACAAACAGACAGAUGUGCCACGUUACCAUAGCGAGGAGAGGACUCUGGCGCUACAGCUGUGUGGCUGGAUCAGUCGGGGUCCGGACAUCGACGUGGAGCCCUUCCUCAAGUCUCUGGAGCAGGAAGGUGAAUGGGAGAGAGCAGCUGCUGUGGCCCUCUUCAAUUUAGACAUCCGCAGAGCCAUCCAGAUACUUAACAAAGGAGCCUCUGCUGAGAAAGGUGACUUGAACCUGAAUGUGGUUGCCAUGGCACUCUCUGGCUACACAGACGAAAAGAAUUCGCUGUGGAGGGAGAUGUGCAGUAGUCUGAGACUUCAGCUGAAGAAACCAUACUUGUGUGUGAUGUUUGCCUUCCUCACCAGUGAGCCAGGGGCCUAUGAUGGCGUGUUGUAUGAGAGCAGCGUGGCAGUGAGGGACAGGGUGGCAUUUGCCUGCAUGUUCCUCAGUGACACCCAGUUACCACGCUACAUUGACAAGCUGACCAGUGAGAUGAAGGAGGCAGGUAAUCUAGAGGGCAUCCUGCUGACAGGUCUGACUAAAGAUGGAGUGGACCUGAUGGAGAGCUACGUAGACCGCACUGGAGAUGUCCAGACGGCCAGCUUCUGCAUGCUUAAGGGCUCCCCAGGAGAGGUGGUGAAGGAUCCUCGUGUUCAGUGCUGGAUAGAAAACUAUCGAAACCUCCUGGAUGCAUGGAGAUUUUGGCACAAAAGGGCUGAAUUUGAUAUCCACAGGAGUAAACUAGACCCCAGCUCAAAGCCCCUUGCUCAGGUGUUCGUGAGCUGUAACUUCUGUGGAAAGUCCAUAUCCUAUAGCUGCUCUGCAAUGCCUCACCAGGGCCGUGGUUUCAGUCAGUACGGCGUUAGUGGUUCCCCCACUAAAUCAAAGGUCACAAGUUGCCCAGGCUGCCGAAAGCCCCUCCCUCGCUGUGCCCUUUGCUUGAUGAACAUGGGCACCCCAGUAUCCAGCUGUCCAGGGAAAUCAGACGAGAAAGUCGACCUCACAAGGGACAAGAAGCUCGCUCAGUUCAACAACUGGUUUACCUGGUGUCACAACUGUCGUCACGGAGGCCAUGCAGGUCACAUGUUGAGCUGGUUUAGGGAUCACAGUGAAUGUCCAGUCUCUGCCUGUACCUGUAAAUGCAUGCAGCUGGACACCACAGGCAACCUUGUGCCUUCAGACAGUGUAUAGAUGUCUUUCUGCUGAGACACUACAUGGUCUUCCAGAGGAAAUGCACCCACUGCAGGAUUCACACUGCCCUCUGGAACAAACAGAGGUGUUAAACUGGAGGACGACUGAUCAGUUCAGGGCUGUUUGGAUUGCCCUAUUUAGUGUGGUUAAAGUUUGUAUGAAGUCAGGUCUUUGCAGUCUUUGCAUCGGCUCUUGUGGGCGGGAGCAGACACUUGUAGGCGAAUUUUGAUAUAGGACACUGGUUUGCUGCUGUCCGCCUUGUUGUUGAAAGUGUAACAGCACGGGGUAAAAAAAAAAAGCAAUGCGUACAAAAUUGUGUUUUUGAAUAAAUGCAACUAUGUUUGAGUACCUCACCAUCAGUGACUUGAAACCUGUGAGCAGAAAAAUAUAAAUGUUUUAGCAUGUAUUCUCUUUUAGGUCGUGGUUGUACACCUGAAACUAUGAAGCACUUUUGAUGUAUGAGAUGAGUGGUUUCUUUGGUAUCUGGGUGAUCCACUAGGUUAGGGUUUAAAUUUCAGAACAGAAGUGUGAAUUUGUCCAAAUCUUGUUUAAUCAAACUCUGCCGUCUCCAACCAUCACCUACUUUUAGGCACAAGGUAGUGGCACUGGUAUAUGCCUUACAUGCUGUACACACGUAAAUGGCACAUUAACUUAAAGUGUGUCAUUUUUCACUACCAAAUUCUACUCAGUUUAUGGACAUCCUCUUUUAAUCAAGUUAGAAUGAAUGGUAGAUUAUCUUUUUAGGAUUAUCACAGAGGAAGGUAACCUCUUAGGGCAUUUAUUUAUAAAAGGGAGCAAAAGUUAUCUCAU